AUGGAAGAGGCUAAUCAAACUUCUUUCGUGGCAUAUUUUCGGCUUAGAGGUUUAUCUGUAAAUCAGAAGGUGCAGAUGGCUGUGUUUUCCAUGUUCCUCAUUUUCUAUGUCCUGACACUGAUUGGGAACAUCCUCAUUGUCAUAACUAUCAUCUAUGACCGCCAGCUCCAUACCCCCAUGUAUUUCUUCCUCAGCAACCUGUCCUUUAUUGAUGUCUGCCACUCCACUGUCACUGUCCCCAAGAUGCUGAUAGACACCUGGUCAGAGAAAAAGCUCAUCUCUUUUGACGACUCUGUGACCCAGAUGUUCUUCUUGCACCUCUUUGCCUGCACAGAAAUCUUCCUCCUCACUGUCAUGGCCUAUGAUCGGUAUGUGGCCAUUUGUAAACCCCUGCAGUACAUGAUAGUGAUGAACUGGAAGGUAUGUGUGCUGCUGGCUGUGGCCCUCUGGACAGGGGGCACCAUCCACUCCAUAGCCCUGACCUCCCUCACCAUCAAGCUUCCCUACUGUGGUCCUGAUGAGAUUGACAGCUUCUUCUGUGAUGUACCUCAGGUGAUCAAACUGGCCUGCACUGAUACCCACAUCAUUGAGAUCCUCAUUGUCUCCAACAGUGGGCUUAUCUCCGUGGUCUGUUUCGUUGUCCUUGUGGUGUCCUAUGCAGUCAUCCUGGUGAGUCUGAGGCAGCAAAUCUCCGAGGGCAGACGGAAGGCCCUGUCCACCUGUGCAGCCCACCUCACCGUUGUCACACUGUUCCUGGGACACUGCAUCUUCAUCUACUCUCGCCCAUCCACCAGCCUCCCAGAGGACAAAGUGGUGUCUGUGUUCUUCACUGCUGUCACCCCCCUGCUGAACCCCAUUAUCUAUACCCUUAGGAAUGAAGACAUGAAGAGUGCCUUGAACAAGUUAACGGGGAGGAAGGACAGGAAAGAAGAAAAAUGA